GCGUCCCCACCUGAGAGAGGCAAGGGAAUCCAAUCAGCCGCCGCGCCCCUUGGGCCCUGAAGUUUCCUGGCGCCCCUUGCCACCUCUUUUCCAUCCUACCUGACGGUUCCGCGGUUCCACCACUUGCCAGACUAGAAGGAUUAAGUCGGUCUCAUCAGAGCCCAAGUCUGGUCCGAGCGCACCGGCAGUGGCCCCAAACAGGACGACCAGAGAUCCCGACCCGGAACUGGGGUCUGCUGCGGAGUCUACUGCGGGGUCUGGGCCAGGCGACAGGGGCGGGGGUGGCGGCGGCGGCGGCGGAGUCAUGGCCGCAGAGGAAGGGGGCGCCAGACCACACACACGCGGACAGACGAGGCGCACGCACUCACCGUCCGACGGCAGACGCGGUUGAGCUUGGGCGGGACACCGUAUGUUGGGGGCGGCACCUGCGGCACUUCUGGCGCGGUGGGCGCGCCGAGAUCCGCCCGCGGCACCCCGUGGGGCGGGGCGGCUACCGGCCUCCGCCCUCUCCUGGAGAGUUACCUGCAGACCUGGCGGACCACGUGACCGGGGGCGGCCCCAGAAACCUUGGGGGAGGGCCAGAACCCAGCCCAGGACGCAAGAACUCACACUCCAGACCAGGGGGCGCGCUCAGGAUCCGGACCCCUACUUCCUGGUCUGAUCUUGCCCAACUCCUGAAGCGAACCCAUUCUUCCUCCUUUCCCCCUCUCGCUGGAACCUUUCGGACUUCGCAAAAGAACGUGCAAGAUCUGAGUCCUUUUCCGGUUCAUGACGGUCACGCUGGACUUGUGGAAGUCACCAGGAGGCAAUCCAGGGGCUGUGGGGGUCACGACAGCCCGCCUGGGUUUGAUGGAAGUCACCAAGGGUCCAAGGGGGCGGUGAGAGUUACCGGGUAUCCCUUGGAGGCCUAUGGGGGAGAUCACCAGAGAAUGGAGAUGGCGAGGGCGGCAGAGGUCAGGGGUCCUAGAGCUGUGGGCAGUCAACCACAGAUCACAGCAAACGAUUUGUCCGCAUAGAUGCGAGGGCCGGUCUUAACGCUGGGGUAGGAGGAAUCCUUUUUUCCCCAAACCCCGAGAGCAGCACUUUAGACGAGGCUAAGCCGAAUGGUCCAGACCUGGAGCUUCGGUCCUACCUCACGUAGGGGCGCCUGCCUGUUUUCGUCGCUCCGUUGGACGACAGUCGGAUUUCCUGGAGAUUAUGAGUGUGCUAGCGAUAGGGGCUAGCGGUGAUGUGUACGUGCGCGAGCGGGCUGCGGACUUCAUCCCUUCUCCAUCCCCCGUCAACAGCCCAAUUCCAAAUAGUCCCUUUCGUCCCCCGCGGCUUGGUGAAUCUACUUUACCACACGUUUUCGGAUAGCCCAGUACUUCCCUAAAUUCCCAUUAUGUGAUUGAGAAAUUUGCAAUCCGGCGGGAAGCGCUGCAGUCUGGAAGGGGCAGAGAAGUGGAAUUGCCAAACCCGACCCGCGUCCCACGCUGGACCCGCACCUUGCACGUUCAGAAAACUGGGGCCUUGCGUCUGCGCCAGUGAACAAGAGAGCGGAGGACGUGGACACAACCCCAGCGCAUGUCCAGGGAAGGGACGCAGCCCAAGGAGAGAGGGGAACCCAGGAUGAAGGGGUUGACUUCUACGCCUUGCCACACUGCAGCGUGUCCCCAGUUGGCAGAUGAAGAGACUGAGGCUUCUGGGCCGGAUGUGACUGGCGCCACAACCCGGCGACCCGGACGGAGUGGAAGGUGGCCCUGGGACGACUAGAACGUUCCCCAAGGACUGCAGUGAUGCACAGCAACCCCUCUUAUGACCGCCCAUCCCGGCGACUGCCCGCGUGUCCCCACUCCCGGAACAGCUAAGCGAAUCUUGCGCGCGGGGAGGGGAGAACGUAGCUUCUUUGGCCCCACCCCCAAGUUUGGAAUUUCAAAUAUUUGUUCGUUCCUGGGGUUGAACGGAACCGCGAGGGGUAGUUAAGUCACUGUGAGCUCUGGACCCGGUAUCCUUCUGGUGGCCAGGCCGUUUGCAGGAGGCGGGGCCUAAUUGGCAGGGUGGCCGCGGUCGGUGGAGUUGAGCGCUUAGCCACCCCGGCCUCGGCACGAGCUCAGAACGCUGAACCCGCACCUCGGACCUGCAGUCGCCGCCGCCGCACGCCAUGGACCUCCGCCUCUGUCCCUGCCGCAAGGCCCUGCUUCCGAGUGGCCUCCUGUUUGAACUGCUGCUGUUGCUGCUGCUUGCGGACCCAGCGCUCCAGGCCCCACGUCACCCCCCAGUAGUGCUGGUGCCUGGUGAUUUGGGCAACCAGUUGGAAGCAAAGCUGGAUAAGCCGACGGUAGUACACUACCUUUGUUCCAAGAGGACCGACAGCUACUUCACUCUCUGGUUAAACCUCGAACUGCUGCUGCCUGUCAUCAUUGACUGCUGGAUUGACAAUAUCAGACUGAUUUACAACAGAACAUCCCGGGCCACCCAGUUUCCUGAUGGUGUGGAUGUGCGUGUCCCUGGUUUUGGGAAGACCUUCUCAUUGGAGUUCCUGGACCCUAGCAAAAGCAGUGUGGGUUCCUAUUUCCAUACCAUGGUGGAGAGCCUUGUGGGCUGGGGCUACACACAGGGUGAAGAUGUUCGAGGGGCCCCCUAUGACUGGCGCCGAGCGCCAAAUGAAAACGGGCCUUACUUCCUGGCCCUCCGAGAGAUGAUCGAGGAGAUGUACCAGCUGUAUGGGGGCCCUGUGGUACUGGUUGCCCACAGUAUGGGCAACAUGUACACACUCUACUUUCUGCAGCGGCAACCGCAGGCCUGGAAGGACAAGUAUAUCCAUGCCUUUGUGGCACUGGGAGCUCCCUGGGGGGGCGUGGCCAAGACCCUGCGUGUCCUGGCCUCAGGAGACAACAACCGUAUCCCUGUCAUUGGGCCUCUGAAGAUCCGGGAGCAGCAGCGGUCUGCAGUCUCCACCAGCUGGCUGCUGCCCUACAACCACACCUGGUCACCUGAGAAGGUGUUUGUACACACACCUACAACCAACUACACACUGCGGGAUUAUCACCGGUUCUUCCAGGACAUUGGUUUUGAAGAUGGCUGGCUCAUGCGGCAAGACACAGAGGGGCUGGUUGAAGCCAUGAUGCCACCUGGUGUGCAGCUACACUGCCUCUAUGGCACUGGUGUCCCCACACCAGACUCCUUCUACUAUGAGAACUUCCCUGAUCGCGACCCUAAAAUCUGCUUUGGUGAUGGUGAUGGCACCGUGAACUUGGAGAGUGCCCUGCAGUGCCAGGCCUGGCAUGGCCUCCAGGAGCACCAAGUGUCAUUGCAGGAGUUGCCAGGCAGUGAGCACAUUGAGAUGCUGGCCAAUGCCACCACCCUAGCCUAUCUGAAACGUGUACUCCUUGGGCCCUGAUUUCUGUGCUGGGCAGGGCUGCUGAAUGGCUUGGCCAUGGGGUUUUCCCCAGUCUCUGGGGCUGUCUUGGGCUAUAAGUUUAGCAAAGUUUGUGACUGAACGUUCAAGGUUGUGGAUCUUGGGCUUUGGGGAAGCACUGUUUCUUAUCCUUCCUCUGUGGUAGUGAAGAAGGAGGAAAUAAGCAUGGAGUCAAGGGACCUUUGAUGGAAAGAAUGCUGCUACUGCUGCUGGAUUUGUUGUGACCUCAGAACUGGGCUCUGCAGGGUGGACUGGUUGGCACCUGGCCCCCAUCUCCAACUUGGGGGUUAUACAUUCCUUCUACCCCUAUGACCUUUUCACACAUGCCCAUUGGGCCUUGGACUUCCUGUGAGAGAUAUUACUUAGUAAUGGUCCCUGCCCCACAGGUCCCAGGGUAACCCUCGUGACCCUUUUCACUUGCUGGCCUCAAGUAGGCCUGCUGUUGGCCUUGGGUGGCUAGAGCUACUGGCUUCCCUGUGGCCUCACUGGUAGACUCAGUGGCCUGACUAUGGCUUCAUGGGGUAACCUGAUACCCCCUGCAGGCAGGGGCAAUUUGUUUUGUUCUCCAUGGUUCCCAGACCCAGAGGCAUAUACUCCACUCCUACCUCUCUUACCUCCAGGAGCAGCCUAGUCUGGAUCAGGCAGCAGAUGGUUCCCCAGUUUUGGGGGCUGUGUCCCAGAAGCCCUGAUCCACUUGGUUGUGCUGUGUCGGUCCUAGUAUUGAAGCUGGCUCCCUUGACUCUGGGACUGUGGUUCAAGGAGAGCAGUGCCCGGUGCCAUGACCUUUUAGGGAACUGAAGGAAACAACCAUGGUUGCACAGAGCUGCCCUGAGCUGCCUUCUUACAAACCCUAACACCACAUUGCCACCCUGCUAGGGUCUCUUAGAACCUAGCUGGGCUGGCACAGGGCUGAGAGGUGGGGGGGUUCUGACCCAUUGCCCAGCACCUCCUCACAGGCAGCUGAGUGGUAUUUCGUUUCCAGGGAGUAGCCUAGAGACUCAAGAGCCAGGAGCCUAGGGCCCAUCUAGGGAUUUUCUGUCUGCCCCAGGGAUGCUGAAUGACUUCCCUGUAAUAGUAGGGAUGGAGAAUCUGGACCUGCUUAAUGGCAGUGGGUGCCAAAUGGGCACCUGGCUAAAGGCUAAGACCUAGGUCCAAAGUCACCUUCAGGCUGGACUGUGUUGCUGUCCCACAGGGUUCCGCAACUCUAGAUUUUCCAUGUUGUACACAUGCCCAGCAUCUGUCUUUUCCUUUGUUCCUGAGUGGUGAGCCCUGUAUGGGGCUCUGAGCAGGCUGUAUCUUGAUACUGGCAAUAAAAAUAUUCUGAAUGCUGUAAA